GCAGCCGGGCCAGCGCGUCACGUGGCCGCGCGGCGUCCAGGGCGCGGAGCCGGGGCCGCCGGGCAUGGACCCUCAGACCGCCCGGGCCCUGGCGCUGGGGGCCGCGGAGCCGCCUCGGGGCCUGCCCAUGGCGAGCGCGCGGGAGUCGCCCCCCAGCCCCGAGCAGGCUGGCUUUGCCCCACAUGACCACUCCGGCCAGGAGAAAGAAACUGAGAAAGCCACCGAUCGACUAGCCCGUGGAGCACAGAGCAUCGCUAAUGGUGGUCCAGCCAGCAAUGAGGGCGUCCAUUCGGAAGAGGAAGGCUUUGCUAUGGACGAUGAAGACUCUGACGGGGAACCGAAUACCUGGGAGCCGUCAGGAGGGGUGUCCAGCCAUCUGCCCAGGGAGCAGGCUGCCGACCUUCUUAAUGAGGACUGGGACUUGGAGUUGAAAGCGGAUGAAGGGAAUCCGUAUGAUGCUGAUGACAUCCAGGGCUGCAUUCCUCAGGAGGCCAAACCGUGGGUGUGCUGUGCCCCGCAAGGAGAGAUGGUCUAUGACCCCAGCUGGCACCAUCCGCCUCCGCUGAUACCCCAUUAUUCCAAGAUGGUCUUUGAAACGGGACAGUUCGAUGACGCCGAAGACUGAGGGCGCGGCUUUUUGCCUGCCAGGUACAUGGGUCUUGAAGAUGAAGUCUGUCUGCUCUCUGAGGUGAGAGGUCCUCUCUGAGGAAACAUUCCCCUUGCUGCCUGGGCCAGGCACACAGACUGGUGUCCAAAGAGGUCCCACUGUCCCCUGCUUCUGCUUCUGCUGUUGCUGUUGUUGUUCACGAGUGUGUCACCUCUUUAGAUGUGUGUGUGUGUGUGUGUGUUUCUGCGUUAGGAGGAAGAGUUGUGUUCUUUAUAAAUAAAGGUAGAAAAAAAAUCGAUGUGCUUUUUGUCUAUUUUUCGUCCCUCGCAACCCCCCAUUUAAUUAGAGACUUGUGAGAAACGUUGUAUUCCUUCAUGCGAAGCCCCUGGCUUACAUGUAAGGAUGGGAGUGCCUGGAGCCUUGAAACUACUCCGGGACAGAAAAUACUCUCCCCGUUCUGCUUCUGCAGAUCUGGCACAAACGUUGGCGACUGUGGCUGAUUUCUUUUCCUGCCGAUGGGAAGUGGACCAUUUGCUUAGUCAAGAAGGACUUUCUGAAGGCUGGAAAGUUAAAUGGCAGACUAAACCAGCAAUUGUAUAACCCUCAGUUGGCCUGAAAGGAUUUAAAAAUGGUUUUCCAUGUGUUUCAAUGCUUACAAUUACUUAACCAAGUCACCGUUUAAAAAGAAAAAAUUCACCUCACUUUAGAGAUGAAGAAAAGACUCAAAACGUCGACCUUGUCAUUAUCACACAGCAGGAGCCGGCAGCGCUGGGACUGACCCAGGUGACGGGAAGCCUGUGCUCGGGGUUGGUCCUGUGUGUGUGAGAGCCCAGAGGCGGGGCCUGGGCCGGUCCGCGGUGCAUCGGACCCAGCCACAUUGGCCUUUUGGCAGGCUGAGGCAUUGCUUCUCACCUCCCCGCCUUCCGACAGAAGCUGAAUCAAGAACAAGUUUCAGAUCUGAAGUCUGAGUCAACUCCACCGCAGUCAAAGGCACAUACAGUCAUUUCAUCCGCUUUUUUCAGAGGCGCCACCAAGAGCGGACCAAGUGGGACCCGAGGAAAGGCCGUGGUUUUGACUGAGGGGCCUCAGGCCCAGGCCGUCCUAGGGAGACGGGGGUCCCCCCCUGUCCUUGCUGAAGGGACCGUUGCAGGCCCUGUCCCCACUGCUCUCUCCUCCCAGUGCCGAGCUGGCCGGACGGGCGUGACCAGGAGGGUGUCUGGUGUGACCAGGUGACCUUGAGAAACUGGUGGUGGGAUUGCUGAGCGGAAAGGCGGUGGUCCUGUUGGGUUCCUUUGGCCCAUGUGUGAGCUGGAACAGUAAAAAAGCGGGAGUCCCAGGUGAGGGGAGGAGGGCGGGGAGAAAGUGGUCUGAAAAGCGCCCAAGCAUGAGUGAUGGCAGAGAAUGGGCACGAGCUGCUUGCUGCUGCCGAUCCGCAGAGCAAAUGAGGAUCUAAACUCCGUCUUGCUUUUUAGAAGUGAAUCUUUGUGGUCUCUCUUCCCAGUUAUUUUCAGCAAAGCAGGUGGGAGGGAAGUGGGGUCUAUUGGAUCAAGGACCUAGGAAACUAUUCUCUUAAGAGUUAAAAAUAAAAGUAGCUCUGACUGGGUUGCUCAGUGGGUUGGAGUGUCGUCCUGUACACCAAAAGGUAGUGGUUCGAUUCCUGGUCAAGGCACAUGCCUAGGUUGUGCGUUCGAUCUGUCAUGGCGUAUGCGAGAGGAAAUUGAUCAAUAUUCCCUCCCCCCGCCCCCCCCCCCAAGAAUCAAUGGAAACAUAUCCUUGGGUGAAGAUUUAAAAAUUUAAUAAAAUAAUAAAAAAAACAAGGGCUUUUAUGGCUGAACAUUGAGUAUGUCAUGAGAACAAGAAAAGGUGGUGGUGGUGGGGGAGGUUAAUCGAUUGUUCUGAUUUUGAUAAAUAGUGUCCCAAAUAGGGUUAGUCAAGCAUAGAAAAAGAUACAGAAAAAUAACUCCCCAGACUGUGAACAUUGGUUAUCUGAAGGGGUUAAGGUUGGAGGAGUAAGGAAAAGCAGUGAAAUGGAAAAAUAUUCAUGACAUGAUAAAUGAAAAUACAGAUUGUACAACUCUGAUAAUGGUGCAGAUAUGGACAGAUGAAACAAUUUGGUUACAUGGUGGUGUUGGAGGCAGUUUGCUUUUAUAUUUUUGUUACUAUAAUACGGAUUUUGCAAUAAGGUAUUUAA